AUGGACAUGCCUGAGUCUGAGAACGAUCACUGGGUGCAUACAUGGACAAGUAUGCCAAUGGUCCUAGCGAAUGACGAUUUUCCGUCUGAAGCCUUUGUCGAGCAAAAUAUCGUCUUCGGAAAUUCCACUCUCCGCCAGACAAUGCGGAUCUCGAUCGGAACAGAGAAAUGCCUACGUAUCCGACUAUCCAACGCCUUCGGAACCGAGCCUCUCACUAUCACUAGGACAACACUUGCUCUGGCGGGCGGGAAUAACUCUGGAAUUCCGGUCGUUGAGCCGCGCACCCUCCAAAGAGUCACUUUCAGCGGAGAUUUAUCCACAACUAUCCCUGGUGGUGCUCACAUCGUCUCCGAUUCAAUUGAUUUCGGAUUCUCUAUAGCCCCACAUACCGCUCUGAGCAUCAGCAUUUACAUCGAAUCUGGCCACCAGUUGAACUAUAUUACCUCGCACCCAGGGAGUCGGACUACCUCCUAUUUCACAAAAGGCGACCAUGUCACCCAGGAAGACUUCCAAAAUCUUGCUGUCGAGCAAGCGGACCAUUGGUACUACAUUAGCGGCAUUGAAGCUCUUGUCCCGCAAGAUACACAUGCACUUGCACUCCUGGGUGAUAGCAUAACAGAUGGUCGGUGUAGCACUACAAAUUGUGACACACGUUGGCCGAACCUUUUCUUCCAGCGACUUCUCUCCUCACCAGAUUCAUCACACCUUAUAUCGAUCGUGAACCAAGCAGCAGGCGGCAACCGAGUCCUAGCCGAUGGCAUCGGACCCAGUGUGCUUAGCCGAGUUGACAGAGACGUUCUGUCCCUCUCUGGAGUCCGCUAUGUCCUCAUAUUCACCGGUAUAAAUGAUAUCGGCAAAGAACCUGCCGAUCGGACCCGCCAGCAGACUCUGAAUAAUCAACUAAUUGCCGGAUAUAAGCAACUCGUUACGCGAUUGCGUGCGCAUGGAUUGUGGGUCUUCGGGGCUACGUUGACACCGUUUUGUCUUCGCAACGGAAAUGAUCCGUCGUCGUAUUCCCAUCCACAGCGGGAAGCUACGAGACAGUCUGUAAAUCAGUGGAUCAGGACAAGUGGAACAUUUGAUGCUGUGGUUGAUUUCGAUUCAGUUCUACGGGAUUCCAAGCACAGCGCUUUCUUGAAAGAGGAGUUUGAUUCAGGGGAUGGGCUACAUCCGAAUGAGUGGGCCUUUGGAGCCAUGGCAAGUGCGUUUGACGUCAGCUUGUUGAGUUUGAGUGUUUGA